UUCUACGCCGGGUGCGGGGCUGCCAGCCAGGAAGAAAGCUCAUCUCGGGUCUCAGUCCUGUCCUCGGGAAACAGGGGCGAAAGGCGGAGGCAGAGGAGCCAAGGCACCAUCCGACUCAGCCAUGACUGCCAAUGAUUAUCCACCCUUGUGGGGCUUUGGAACAACAAAAACAUUUAAAAUUCCCAUUGAACAUUUGGAUUUCAAGUAUAUUGAAAAAUGUUCAGACGUUAAACACCUGGAAAAAAUUCUUUGUGUGCUCAGAUCUGGUGAAGAAGGAUAUUAUCCAGAACUUACAGAAUUUUGUGAAAAGCGCCUUCAGGUCUUGGCUCCUACAAGCAGAGCUUUGAGGAAAGAUAAACCAGCAGCUACGGCAUUCAGUUUUACAGCAGAAGAAUGGGAAAAAAUUGAUGGUGACAUAAAGAGUUGGGUAUCAGAAAUUAAAAAAGAAGAAAAUAAAAUGCACUUCUAUGAAACUGAAACAUUUCCAGCAAUGGAAGAUAAUUUGCCUCCAGUCCGUGGUUCAAAGGGCUGUCUUCAUGUUGGCGAGGAAAAAUAUUCCAAAAGUAGACCAGCUAAAAAGAAAAUUCCAAGGGAUUAUGCAGAAUGGGAUAAAUUUGAUGUGGAAAAGGAAUGUUUAAAAAUUGAUGACGAUUACAAAGAAAAGACUGUAAUAGACAACAAGUCACAUUUGUCUAAAAUUGAGCUAAGAAUAGACACAUCAGGUCUAACUCAGAAGGAAAAGGAUUUUCUUGCUGCUCAUGAAAAAGAAAAAGGAAAUGAAGCUUUCAAUUCAGGAGAUUAUGAAGAGGCAGUGAUGUAUUAUACCAGGAGCAUAUCAGCAUCUCCUACUGUAGCUGCCUAUAACAAUCGCGCUCAAGCAGAAAUCAAAUUACAGAACUGGAAUAGUGCUUUUCAAGACUGUGAAAAGGUCUUGGAGUUGGAACCUGGAAACAUAAAAGCUCUUCUGCGCCGAGCGACGACAUAUAAACAUCAAAACAAGCUGCAGGAAGCCAUAGAAGAUUUGAAAAAAGUGUUGGACGUUGAGCCUGAUAAUGAUCUGGCUAAGAAAACCUUGUCAGAGGUUGAGAGAGAGCUGAAAAAUUCUGAACCUGCAUCCAAGACUCAAACCAAAGGGAAAAGGCUGGUUAUUCAGGAAGUAGAAAACUCUGAAGAUGAAGACACAAAGGACGGUGGAAGAAAACAUGAAGCCAGCAGUGGAGAGGCCGCCGAGCCGCGCGCCAUGGGCAACAUCCAGAAGAAGCUGACGGGCAAAGCCGAGGGCGGCAAGCGGCCGGCCAAGGGCGCGCUGCGGCGGGCCCGGGCGGCGGGCGGCGGCGCCGACAAGCGGGCCCGGCCGCGGGCCUCGGCGACGGCGGGCGGCGGGAGGGGCGCCGGAGACCCCGCCGCGCCGCCGCCCGCCGCCCCGGCCGGGCCCGCCGGCCUCAAGAGCCGGGGCAACGAGCUGUUCAAGAGCGGGCAGUUCGCCGAGGCGGCCGGCAAGUACUCGGCGGCGAUCGCGCAGCUGGAGCCCGCAGGAAGUGAAAGUGCUGAUGAUCUAAGUAUCUUAUAUUCAAAUAGAGCAGCAUGUUACCUAAAAGAAGGAAACUGCAGUGGCUGCAUUCAAGAUUGUAACAGGGCUCUGGAACUUCAUCCAUUCUCAAUGAAACCUCUUUUGCGACGAGCAAUGGCCUAUGAGACUUUGGAGCAGUAUAGGAAAGCUUACGUGGAUUAUAAAACAGUGUUGCAGAUAGACUGUGGAAUCCAGCUAGCAAAUGACAGUAUUAACAGAAUAACAAGAAUUUUAAUGGAGCUGGAUGGACCAAACUGGCGGGAAAAGCUAUCACCCAUUCCUGCGGUGCCCACUUCUGUGCCAGUGGGAGCUUGGUGUCCUGCAGCAGAGACAGCCUCAAACCACGAAAGAGAUUGCAGUAGCCAUCACCAGCUGGACCUCACAGGUGAAAACAUGUUUAAAGCCCUUAAAGAAGAAGGAAAUGAAUGUGUAAAGAACAAAAAUUAUGAAGAUGCCCUUAGUAAAUACAGUGAAUGCUUGAAGAUUAACAACAAGGAAUGUGCUAUAUAUACUAAUAGAGCUCUCUGUUACUUGAAGCUGUGCCAGUUUGAAGAGGCAAAGCAGGACUGUGACCAGGCGCUGCGGAUAGAUGGUGGGAAUAUGAAAGCACUCUAUCGACGUGCCCUGGCUCACAAAGGACUCAAGAAUUAUCAGAAAAGCUUAACUGAUCUCAAUAAAGUUCUCCUACUAGACCCAAGUAUUGCUGAAGCAAAGAUUGAACUGGAAGAGAUAACCAGAUUCCUUAAUAAUAAGGAUAAUACAGCAUCACUCAACAAAGAAAAGGAGAGAAGGAAAAUUGAGAUUCAAGAGGUGAACGAAAGCAAAGAAGGGCCAGAAAGAUCUUCAGAGGAGGUCUCUGCUGAGAAGCAAGACAAAAGCAACUGGCCACUAGAAUACCCUGAAAAACUUCAGAUCUCCAAACCUAAUAAUGCAUACGAAUUUGGUCAGGCUAUAAACGCUAUCAAUACUAAGAAAGAUGAAGAAGCCUGUGCACAUCUUUUAGCCAUCACGGCACCAGAAGAUUUGCCAGUGUUGCUGAGUAACAAACUUGAAGGGGAUACAUUCCUCCUCCUCAUUCAGACUCUGAAGAAUAAUCUUAUUGCUAAAGAUCCUUCAUUGGUAUAUCAGCAUCUUUUAUAUCUGAGUAAAGCAGGAAGGUUUAAGAUGAUGCUGACAUUAAUAAGCAAGGACCAAAAGAAGCAAAUUGAACAGCUAUUUGAUGACCUUUCACAAACACCAAACAACCAUUUUUCUUUAGAAGAUGUACAGGCCCUAAAAAGGCAGUAUGAGCUUUAAAUCCAGAUUGUUAGAUUUCUUCCAUGCAUGUCUGUGUUCCGGUAAUGCUAAUGUAAUGGUAUUAUAAUAGAGUUGCAUGGAUAAAAUCUGGCUUAGAAAAGGUCCCUUGGUCUGGACUACAAAACAUUUUACUUAUUUUUAUAUACAGAACAUGUAUAUUCUACAAUAUGCUUUUUAUUAGUUGUAAAUAUUUUCUUAUGUACCAGAGCCAACAUCUUUAUAUUUAAUAAGUAUGUGGUAUAUUUAGGAGUUGUUAAAAAUACAUUUUAAUUUAUAGUAUGUUUUCUUGUAAUAACUCACCUGUUGAAAAUUUGAGUUAAAUUAUAUUUCUUCAAGGUAUGAAGGUAUCCUCUUAAGUUUCAUAGGAAUGAAUUUCUUUAUAGUUUUUUUAAAAGUGACAGUUACUAGCAGUGGUUAUAUUUCUUACAUCCUGCUAGGAUAGACAUAAAUCCCAUUUUAUACUAGUACCGGGGGGUUACAAUCAAUUAAAAUGAAAUGCAACUGAAAUCUGUAACAUGAAAUGAUUAUUAAAUAAAUUGUGUGUAUUAAUUUAGAGCUGUAAGAGGAACUUUUCUAGUAUGUCUAAUAAUUAAGAACAAAAAUUGCUAAAAAUUUCUACCACUUUUUACUAGAUUUUAAAAAGGCCCUUUCCCUUGUAUAUUGCUUAUGUAAGUAAAGACAACUAACUGCUAUAUAAAAGCAAAGUAAACCUGCAUUUAUAUUUGAACUGUCAUCCCUAUAUUUCCCCCCAAUUUUAAGUAUCUCUCCCUCCUUUUCUGUUUUCUGCUUUCAUGACUGUAUUUUUGCUUUCACUAUAAAAGAGAAAGUGAAGAGCCCUUCUCAUAGUGAAUGCUCCUUUGUUAACUGAGUCCAAGAGAAGGUGCCUGGUCUCUGUCAGGGUACUGUGGUUUACUCCUGGUCUCUGUCAGGGUACUGAGGUUUACUCCUGGUCUCUGUCAAGAGUACUGAGGUUUAGGCCUGGUCUCUGCCAGGGUACUGUGGUUUAUUCCUGGUCUCUGUCAGGGUACUGUGGUUUAUUCCUGGUCUCUGUCAGGGUACUGAGGUUUAUUCCUGGUCUCUGUCAGGGUACUGUGGUUUAUUCCUGGUCUCUGUCAGGGUACUGUGGUUUAGUCCUGGUCUCUGUCAGGGUACUGAGGUUUAGUCCUGGUCUCUGUCAGGGUACUGUGGUUUAUUCCUGGUCUCUGUCAGAGUACUGUGGUUUAUUCCUGGUCUCUGUCAGUGUACUGUGGUUUAUUCCUGGUCUCUGUCAGGGUACUGAGGUUUAUUCCUGCUCUGUCAGGGUACUGUGGUUUAUUCCUGGUCUCUGUCAGGGUACUGAGGUUUAUUCCUGGUCUCUGUCAGGGUACUGUGGUUUAUUCCUGGUCUCUGUCAGGGUACUGAGGUUUAUUCCUGCUCUGUCAGGGUACUGUGGUUUAUUCCUGGUCUCUGUCAGGGUACUGAGGUUUAUUCCUGGUCUCUGUCAGGGUACUGAGGUUUAUUCCUGGUCUCUGUCAGGGUACUGUGGUUUAGUCCUGGUCUCUGUCAGGGUACUGUGGUUUAUUCUUGCAGUCUGUUGUCUGUUUCUUAGAGCAUUUUCUUAUUCAUUUAGAAGUGAAGAUGAAAGAUUAAUAACAGUUUUAUUUUUCCAUAUUAUUUAAUCUUUUAUUAAUAUAGAAAUUUUCAAAACCACCAUGGGGGAAAGGAUGCCUUUCAAACUGCCAUUUUUCUUCUAAACUGUUCUUUUCCUUUGAUAAUAAGUGAAAAUCUAUCGUAAUGAGUACUUUAGUUUUCAUGUAAACAAAUAGGUUUCUCUUUUUUGAUAUACUAAAUUUUUAUAAAAGUAAAUGAUGGAUUGUGUGUAUCCUAUGUAUGAAGUUUAUUUAUAGACAAAGUUUACCUAUAUAUGGUAACCUGAGAUUAACUUUACACUUGAUCUUAACCAAAAGGCUGAGAAGUGAUUUGAGAGUAACUUCAGACACACAAAAAGGAAACUUUAUUGAUAGUUAAACACACUGAGCACCUAGCACAGUUCUGACACAGGGACAUAAUAACUGUAGGUGAUAUGUUUUGAAUUUAUCUACUAGGAAUUAUGCAUAGUUUAUUGCAUAUCAUCUAAUUUAAUCUUCAUAACAACUGUUACAAAUCAGGAAACAAUAGCACAGAGAAGGUGUGUAAACUAAAAAGACUAUAAAUGUUGCAAGUGGGCAUCAAAGAUCCCAAUCUGUGCGGUCUGCCUGUUGAGCUCAUAUAUUCUGUGCUAUGUAAUGGAAUAUAUAAACACAUGAAUGGAACAAAGGGGAAGGUGCCUGGCUUUUAAGAGUUACAGAUUAGUGGCCAGGUGCAGUGGCUCACACCUGUAAUCCCAGCAUUUGGGAGGCUAAGGUGAUGGUGGGGGAUUGCUUGAGGCCACGAGUUCAAGACCAGUCUGGGCAACCUAUCAAGAUUCCAAGUCUAUAAAAAAAUUAAAAAAUUAGCCAGGUGAUGUGGCAUGCCUGUAGUCUAAUCUACUUAGGAGGCUGAGGAAGGAGGAUCACUUGAACCCAGGAGUUUGAGGCUGCAGUGAGUUAUGACUGCACCACUGCACUCCAGCCUAGGUGACAGAGUGAGCCCCUAUUCUUAAAAUUAAAAAAAAAGUUAGAGGGCGGCGCCUGAGGCUCAGCAGUAGGGCGCCGGCCCCAUAUGCCGAGGGUGGCGGGUUCAAACCCAGCCCCGGCCAAACUGCAACAAAAAAAUAGCCGGGUGCUAUGGCGGGCACCUGUAGUCCCAGCUACUCGGGAGGCUGAGGCAAGAGAAUCGCUUAAGCCCAGGAGCUGGAGGUUGCUGUGAGCUGUGUGAUGCCACGGCACUCUACCAAGGGCCAUAAAGUGAGACUCUGUCUCUAAAAAAAAAAAGGAAAAAAAAAAUAAAAAGUUAGAGAUUAGUGAAUGGAUAUGUAAAUUGCUAUGUGGGUACACUAAUAGAGGUAUCGACAGUGAUGACACAAAAGCAAGAGGAUGCCCAGGCUUGCCUGCGAAGGAAAGGUUUCAAGAGGGAAUUAAUGCCACAGCUUGAGUUUGUCAUAUGGAUGAGAGAAAAGGACAUUCCAGGCAGAGGAAACAGAAGAUGCAAGGGCAUUACAGUGCAUAUUCAAGGUUCAGGUUGAAUGGAGGUGUUAAAUAACUUGGCAUGUUCAGGGAACUGCAUGUAAUCUUAAUAGGGGAACAGAGUUUGUGUGCUAGGUGUUUAGAACAGAAAGUUGCAUGCCACAUAUAAAACUGCAGAAAAUAUCAGGCUUUUAAUUAUACAAGUAUACUAUUCUUUGGUGAGUCAGGCAUUGCCACUCUUUUUUUGGAGACAAUCUGUGUUGCCCUUGGUACAGUGCCAUGUUGUCAUAGCUCACAGCAACCUCAAACUCUUAGGCUCAAGAGAUUCUCUUGCCUCAGCCUCCUGAGUAGCUGGGACUACAGGUGCCUGCCACCUCUGGCUAUUUUCAGUGAUGGGGUCUUGCACUUGCUUAGACUGGUUUUGAACCUGUGAGCUCAACCAAUCCACCCGCCUUGGCCUCCCAGAGUGCUGGGAUUACAGGUGUGAGCCACUGUGCCCGGCCAGGCAUUGCCAGUCUUCACGAAUAACCUGGUAUUCUUCCCCUUCUGGACAUACACAGGACUACCUUUUAGCCUUUUUGUGAUUGUUUGGGGCCACAUGCCCAAUUCUGCAAUGGACUUUAGUAGGUGAGUGAUAUGUCACUUCUGAGCCCAAGUACGAGGUGAGUGGUAUGUCACGUCUGAGCCCAAGUACGCGAGACCUGGUACAGAACCUUCCAUGGUGCUUUCCCUUGGCGUAAUGUCUGAGAAGGCCUCAUGUUCCCGACAGUGCAGCUACAAGAUGAUGGCACCUCCAUCAGCCUGGUUCUUUGAAUAAUGAUUUGAAGCCAAGUCCUGCCAGUCUGCAUUGCACAUGUAACAUGAACAAGCUUAUGCUUUCUUCCACCGAGAUUCUGGUGUGUAUCUUUGUCCAAGGACUUAACCUCUAAGUCUGUUUGCACAUGUCUUCUGUCUUCAGCCCUUAAAUCUUUCCUGACUUUCAACACCAACUUCAAUAUGUUUAUCUCCACACAGAUGUCUCACAGAUACUUCAAAUAUAAGCCCUAAAUGGAACGCUGUUGUCGCAAACUCAGGCCCCACUUCCUGCAUAGCUUCAAGUACCAGCAUUCACACACUGACCUAAGAAACCAAAGCUUCAUCCUAAACCUCUAAGAUUUCCUUAGGCAAGCAUGGCACAGCACCCGAGAUCAGCUGCUUUUGCACAGCAUGUCUUGCCACAUUGUUCUGGUGUUUCUGAGUUUACUUAUCUGAUGGAAAAUGUGUGGUUCAAUUGUUUCCCAUAUUCAGCAAAAUGCCUGGGGCAAUAGGUUCCAUAAAAAUCCAUUGAAUAAAUGAGUACUCUUAUAUUUGGGGGUACAUAAAGUAUUUCAGUGGGUUGUGAGCACUUGUUACAUUUAGUUGGUUUGCUGUAAAUCAUGCCUCAGGAAGUGGAAAAGUGAGUAAUUCUAUACAGAGUGCAGUUUAUCACCAAAGCUUAACUCACACCUUAAAGAAUUUAUAAGCAGAAUAUGUUCUUAGUAAAGUAUCUCAAGAAUGGAAGAAAAAGUAUCCAAUGUACUGAGCCCUACUAUGAAACCCAUUUAUGGCUUUCAUAUGAAAGCUAUAACCCAGUUAUAACCUAAGAAUAGGGGGAAGGGAGAGUGGGAGGGGAGGGAGGAGGGAGAAUGGGCAGAGGGAGAGGGAUUGGUGGGAUUACACCUACGGUGCAUCUUACAAGGGUACAUGUGAAGCUUAGUAAAUGUAGAAUAUAAUUGUCUUAACACAAUAACUAAGAAAAUGCCAGGAAGGCUAUGUUAACCAGUGUGAUGAAAAUAUGUCAAAUGAUAUAUAAAACCAGUGUAUGGUGCCCCAUGAUUGCAUUAAUGUACACAGCUAUGAUUUAAUAAUAAAUAAAUAAAAAGAAUUUAUAAGCAAACUUUCUCGACAAAGGGGUGAAAGACAAAGUAUCAAAACAGGAAAGAAGAGAAAGAAACUAAAGGUCCUUAAAACAGCAUGAUAGUUAUUCACCAAAUGUAAAACACCUGAGGAAAUAUCAAUCCCUCUGGGCUUAAAUGUGCCUAUUUUUAAAUGAUUAGUAAAUAUCAUCUGGACCUAUGUGUUUAUUGUAAAAUAACAUGAUAAUACUUUCUAAACUGUAUACAAUGCAAAAGCCUAUCAUUACUAUUUUGGUUCAUGGACAGUAUGAAAGUUCCCUGCGUACAGAACUUGAAUCUAGGGUUCCGUAAUCUCCUAUGCCCAGCCUCUUAAUGUCUGCCCUCUGCAGUUGUUACCACAUGCCCCUCAGCAGCCUCCUGACCUUAACUGAAACAACAGGCCGUCUCAGAUGACUGUUUAAGUCAGCUUCCCUUCCUCUUGACUCCUCACCAAAUUUUCCUUCCCCCUUUUUUCUCCCGGAAAGUAGUCUUACCCCUCCUUUCUAAUGAGCAAGAUCUUAAAAUGAAAAGGGCACUACCAGUUUAAAUUGCAAAGUGAUGGGUGUAUCUGAUGUUUGUCAGGAAAGCUUCAAAGAGAUCUAGCCAGUUUACCCCUUUCAUUUCCAAUUCUUAAGUGUCUUGUUGAAAACUCCCUUCAUCUACCAUCCUCACUUUUAGAACUAGUGUACUCUUCCUUAGAGUCUCUCAGGAAGGAGUACACAAGGGUUGAUUUCCAUGUUAAAUACAGAGAUUAGGCAGAACAUGACAUUAAAGUGAUUUCAAAUGUUUUCUUAUAGUUAACAUUAUGUGUGUUCCUAUCUAGGAACAGGAUGAAGCACAAAGUGUAUUCAUGUAGAAUUUGUUUUACUUUUUUUCCUAUUUGCCUGUAAGCACCACUCAGACCAAAAUGACCCCUAAAGAGCGAUGUGCAAGGAGUGUCUGUAAGGAGAAAUCUCUGUCUCCAGAAUACAGUAAAUUUUGUCAAGUUUAUAGGUUUUGAUGCAUGAGGCC